CACUUUAAGCCUCUCAGGAAGGGAGAGUUCAGAGCUCCGCGGACCAAAGAAGAAUAGAAGAAGAAGAAGAAGAAGAAGAAGAAGAAGAAGAAGAAGAAGAAGAAGAAGGGAGAGAGUGAGACCUCCGUGGAUCAGAGAAGAACAGAAAAAGAGGAGGACACCGUUUCCCCUUUCUCUCUUUUUCAGGAGUUGUGAACCAGCAUGCCCAAGGCAGCAGAGAGGACUCCUUCGACCACCUCCUCCCACUCAAUCACCUCCAAUGUCUCCACGUCCUCAGCAGAGUGUCCGGAGAGCGGCUCCCAGUCGGGCUCGUCUUCCGAGCCCCCCAAGAAGUCCAAGAAGAAGACCAAGAAGAAGACCACGGAGGCCAUGACCGUGGUGUACACGUCGGUGCUCAACAGCGUGUUCGGGGCGGAGAGAGAAUUGGCUCAGGCAGAGUUGGAUGAGUUGGCAGAUGCCUUUAAAGAGUUUGACUACGACCAAGAUGGCUACCUCAACUACAAGGACGUGGCGGAGUGCAUGAGGACCAUGGGCUACAUGCCCACCGAGAUGGAGCUGCUGGAGAUCGUCCAGCAGAUCAAGAUGAGGAUGGGGGGGCUGAUGGACUUUGAGGACUUCACCGAGCUGAUGGGUCCCAGGAUGAUGGGGGAGACUGCGGACAUGCUGGGCCUGAAGGAGCUGCAGUCCGCCUUCGUUCAGUUCGACCUGGACGGGGACGGGAAGAUCAACCAGGAGGAGAUGAAGGAGGCGGUGAAGACGCUGCUGGGGGAGAAGCUGAAGAAAGGAGAGCUGGAGGAGAUCCUGAAGGAGCUGGAUAUCAACGCCGACGGAGACAUCGACUUCGAGGAGUUUGUGAUGAUGCUGUCAAUCCGCUAGCCGGCAGGAGAUGUUUUGGAGUAAGGACAUCGGUGGUUCACUUCCUCCUCUUUAUGAUGCGGCUCACGUUCACGCAGAGUGAAUGGACGGGUGCAACACUGUUGAAAUAGUAAUGCUACGAGCGGUGUGUGGUUGCUAUGGUGUCCAUUUGUGAUAACCUACAAUUGACCUAUGAAUAACUUUGCAUGUUUUUCCCUUGUGUCCGUGGUUGUCAUGGAGACGUAUCAAAGAAUAAGUGAACACAUAACAAUUGAGUUUAACGUUCCAGAUAAUGUACAUCACAGAUGCACUUUGUCACUAAUAUAACUAUAGAGUAUAUUUGUGAUCAGUUGAGAAGAAUGCUAUCUUAACUUAAAGCAUAGACUGCGUCAUCCUAUGGUAUAUUCCAGGAACCAUAUAAGGAAGCUGUACUUUGUCACUGAGAAAAAUAGUGCCUACAUUUGUGAGAAUAUGAACCCCUUACUGUAAUACCCAUUACAAAAAAUGUAUGCUUUGCUAUUUUAAUAAUUUGAAUUUUUGAAAAUUUGAAACUUUGUAAACAAUGUACUUUACUUUUGUUGUGCACUAAUAAAAGGUGAUAAAAAAAAAGAAUCCCGUGACCACAACCAGCUUAUCGUGUUAACCCAAAAAUGUCUCUCACAAGGCCUUCAGAGAGAUCGGAGGCCCACAGUCAGGAGAUUCUCAUGUGUUAUGGGCACUGGCCUUUAGACCCAGGUUAAACUUAAUGAGCUGUUUCUCUCUGUGGUUUAGUCUUACAGCCUGUACCACUCAUGGUUAACAAAUGGAAACCAUUAAAUAAUGGGCUUUUAUUCAGAGAAUAAAUGAACACAGCAAUUCAAACUCAUGUCACUAUAAUCUCAUAAUUUACUAACCAUAAUGCAGCUUAAAGCAGCUUUGUCGAGGACUGUCGUUUUAAAGAAUGACAAACAUUUGCAGUUAUCAAGCCGGGGGGGAAAUAACACAAUUAUACUCAUUUAUUCACGCAUGCUUUCGUGUGACAACACGUUUGCAAAAGGUUUAACGUGUUAAGAGUUGUAGGAACAAACCGAAUCGUCAAACGUAUUCAUAUAUUAUUAAUUUCUAAUAGUAAAACUAUCUGUAAAACAAUAUAUUUACUAUUAAGUUAUAUGUGCCAAU